GGGCGCUUGUCGCGCCGCAAGACUGUGAAGGAAGCAUAUCAGCGUCGUGUGUAGAAGGCAGGAGCAGGUGGGCGAAGAAGAGGGUAUGGGUAUGGCAUGUGUGUAUGGGCAGGGGUUUGCGUGUGGGGAGAGGGUGAAUGAAAGUGGGCACGAAGUGUGGGAUGGGACGGGGGACGGGGGACGGGGGACGAAAGGAAACUGGGGAGAAGAGACGCACCCUGCUCGACAGUGUUCGGUCCAAAAGGCGCGAAGUCUGCAACAAUAUCUUUCUGGGGGUAGGUCCGUCCGACGAUACGCAGGCCAACGAACAGGCGUGGGCUGCGCGCGUGUUGCUCCGACGCGCGUGCUGUCGCUGAGAAGAACCGAGACGAUAUGGGGGCGGAGAAGCGGGGGACAGCGACGGCUUGUUUGCGGAAGAGGGCGGCGAACAUGGACAUGGUUGGAGUGGUGGACUGGACGGCGGUGGGUAGAGAGGUGUGUGGUGUGGGUGGUGAGAGGUC